AUGAACAACUCCACCGCCUUAACUGUCCCAAACAACCCAUACCUUCACGCAUCCCCUGCUCCUCCACCGACAAACACAUAUAACAAUCUCAGCCGAAAAGUUGAAUCCGCCGCCAAAAAAGCCGAGUCAUUUGCGGAAAACCUUUACAACCAUCUCCGCACAGGACCCGGCCUCGUCGAUGUCGCAAUGACCCGUCUCGAGCAAGCUAGCCGGGUCAUCGGGGCUGGCGGAUGCGACAAAACUUUCAGCCGAGAGUUUGGAAAUAUACCCGGUGAUAAGCUCAAGAAUUCUUUUGUAUGUUAUCUAUCUACUACUGGCGGGCCAGUUAUGGGUACCCUUUAUGUUUCUCACAAGCGAAUCGGGUUUAGGGGUGAUUCACCGGUCUGGAGUGGCCCGAUUGGGGGCCCGGGUCAGUGGGUUCACUACAAAGUGAUGUUGAUGGUGGAUCAGGUGUCGGCAAUUAACCCUUCGGCUAACCCGGCUAAACCUGCUGAGAAGUAUAUUACGAUCUUGACGAAAGAUGGGCAUGAGUUUUGGUUUAUGGGGUUUAUUUUUUAUGAUAAGGCGCUUAAGAAUUUGUACAAGGGAUUACAGCGCUGUAAUUGA